AUGGCGCCUAAUAUGAUGAAAGCUGCUAUCUGCAAAGAGGCAGGCAAGCCCCUCGUCGUCGAGGAGGUCCCAGUCCCAACACCGACUGGUCGAAAUCUCCUUGUGAGGGUGCAAGUGGCCUCCCUCUGCCACUCAGAUCUCUUGGUAACUGCCGGAAACAGCAGUUACGCGCUGCUACCACAGAUUAUUGGCCAUGAAGCCAUAUCCGUAGUCGAAGCCCUCGGCCCCGAUGCAGCAUCCUUCAGCGUAAAACCCGGGGACCGCAUCGGCGCUCCACUCUGGCAGGAUAUGUGCCUCGAGUGCUGGGAGUGCAAAAUCAUCGGGCCGCAGCACUGUCCGAAAAUCACCAUGAAGGGCAUUACGAGCGCUGGGUAUUUCGCAGAGUAUGCUCUGGUCGAUGCGGCGACUGCCGUUGUCAUACCAGAGACGAGCGGUGUGACCCCAGCGCAGUUGUCGCCAAUCUUUUGUGCCGGAAUCACCGUCUGGGAUGCACUGGAGCGGGCGAAGAUUAAGCCGUGGGAAACAGUUGCGAUUGUGGGUGUGGGUGGGUUGGGCGAGGUCGCGACAAAGUAUGCGCACGCGCUUGGGGCGAGGGUUUUGGCGCUGGAUGUGCAUGAUGGGCAGUUGGAAGGUGUCAAAGCUGGCGGGAGCGCAGAUGGGAUUCUGAACACACGCGGUUUGCAGCCUCAGGAUGUUCGAGCGCAGGUUGCAGCUAUGAAUAGUGGCCGGCUCAUCGAUGCGGUGGUUGUUACCUCGGGUUCGGUCCCGGCGUAUCAAACGGCGAUCUCGAUUUUGAGGCCCGACGGCCGGUUGAUGGUUGUCGGCAUACCGCAGGAGCCGUUGCCGCUGAACCUGGGGCUAGUAGCAACUAAGUCAUUUAGGUUGGUACCCUUUAACCACUGCAGAUACCGCUCUGAUGUUCAAUAG